AUGGCCCUCCCUCUCGUGAGAGGCCAUCCCGUCCGCGGACUCUGGAUCGCGUUCCUUCCCCUCCUUUUCGCGGCUUCGGUAUGCGCCUACACACCGCUCUCAGCAGCCGUGCUCAAGAACGUCACGGUAUCCGAGGCCGACUUUGACAUUCACAACGGCCCAUUGCUGGCCCCCAUUCUCAUCCCCCGAGUGCCCGGCACGGAUGGGCAGCUCAAAACUCAACAGCAUUUUGUUGAUUUCUUCACCAAGAACUUGCCGAAAUGGAACAUCCAAUGGCAAAACUCAACGGAUAAGACACCCGCCACGGGAAAUACCGAUAUCCCGUUUCAGAAUCUCAUCAUCAGGCGCGAACCACCAUGGACGAAGCCUGGCCAGGCCAACUAUCUCACCCUGGUGGCGCAUUACGACAGCAAGAUCGAACCCAAGGGCUUUAUCGGCGCGACGGAUAGUGCUGCGCCGUGCGCUAUGCUUCUGCACGUUGCGAGGGCGCUGGAUCCGAUGAUGACCCAGAUGUACGAUGAGAUGGUGGCUCUUGGGGAGAAUGGUGGCACAGUUCCCCAGGAUAUGGGGCUGCAGAUUCUGCUUCUCGAUGGAGAAGAAGCUUUCAAGUCCUGGACGGACACCGACUCGCUAUAUGGCGCCAGGUCCCUGGCUCUCGAAUGGGAGAAUACAUUCAACCCCGCCAUGUCUCAUUACAAGAACCCCCUGGAGCAGAUCAGCAUGUUCGUGCUGCUCGAUCUCCUUGGGUCAGCAGAGCCCAAGGUUCCUUCUUACUUUCAGUCAACCCACUGGGCCUACAAGGCCAUGGCCGACAUUGAGAAGCGCAUGCGUGACCUCAACUUACUCGAGAGCAAGCCCAAGAUGCCGUUCCUGUACGACAUCAACAAGGUGAACAAGAUGUUUGGACGUAGUGGCAUCGGCGACGACCAUGUCCCCUUCAUGAUGAAGGGCGUCAACAUUCUGCAUAUGAUUCCCUCGCCUUUCCCAGACGUAUGGCACACCACGCAGGAUGAUGGGGAGCACCUCGAUAUGCCGACAGUGAGGGACUGGACGAAGAUUGUGACGGCGUUUACGAUGGAGUGGCUUGAUGCGAUGGAAAUAAUGCCCGAAGAGGCUCAGAGGUAG